AUGGCUCCCGAUACGGAUGCCAACCCCAAUGUCAACGGCAGUGGCGGUGCGUUUAAUGAACCGCUGGUCCUCGACUUCGCGACCAUGCAAGAUGCGUCUAAUUCGAUUACAAGGAGUGCCCCUCUUUCACCCGUCACUAGACCGGUUGAUCCCGAGCGACAUGAAAGUUGGCUUUCGGAUGACGAUACUUCUGCUCCUGCACCCCAGAUAGACUUUACAAGAAAGGAUAUCCAUAUCCCUUUCCGGACCAGUUCCGUCACUCCUCGGGCCACCCAAAAGCGUAUAUCGUUGCAAAGACGACUGAGCGCUGAGCCAUCAUCUCCUAACAACGGACGUUCGACACCGACACCAGACAUGCAACAGUCUCGUGCUCGAAGCAUGUCACGCACAUCUAGUGCAGUGCCGCAAAACGUGCAGUCAUCACGAAUUACUACUAAUGAACCAACAACGAUACGAAGUUCGGCAGACUCUGUGAUAUCAUACGAGUCUGCUGCACCAUCCAUUACAACUCAACAACUUGCGCCGUUGCAGCAGAAAGGUGGAAUGAUAGAUGACGGCGAUCGACUUUCGCCAUUACUGGAAGACGACCCUCAUUCAUUCGACCUUGUCAGCGCACCCGUCGAGAACGCGAGAUCCCAAUACUCGCUCGAAACCAGAUCUGAGCAACUCUUCUCAAGGGAACAUCUGCAGGCCAUCUUUGCCGACACUGCGUCACUGCUUCGAUUUACGUCCUUUCUGAGCGUGGCCCGUCCCAAUUCACUUCCUACUUUGAUCUACUACCUGGAUGCACUGAAAGCGCUAAGAGCCAUCAGCUAUGCCAACGCCGUUGCAGAAGCGCUGGAACCCAUCCCUGGCCUAGACUUCACCGAGACUCCAGCACGAAAUACAAUGAACGCAGUCCUGGAGGAAAAAGCCAAUCGGGCCUUUGAUGUCCUGGUCCGUGACGAUCUUCCGGCGUUUAUUACGCACGUCUUCACCCAAGUCGUUAGCGUGAGCAUUGCGAAGCGCGUCACAGGGAAUUUACCUCCGAUGCUUCGUGAGGCUAGCGAGGGUUUGGCCGAAGUUUUCUGCCUGACAGACCCGUCCAGGACCGACAAUCCGAUCAUCUUCGCGUCCGAAGAAUUUCAUCGUACGACGCAGUAUGGCGUUGGGUACGCGAUUGGGCGCAACUGUCGUUUCCUCCAAGGUCCAAAGACGAAUCGGAGCAGUGUAGAGCGUUUUGGAAUGGCUGCUCGGGAAGGAAGAGAUCACAGUGAAGUGUUCCUGAACUAUCGCCGUGAUGGAUCGCCAUUUAUGAAUCUUUUGAUGAUUGCGCCUCUACUCGACUCACGAGGGAAUCUCCGUUAUUUCAUUGGCGCGCAAAUCGACAUCUCUGGUCUUGUGAAGGACAGCACCGAUCUCGAGGCUUUCCGGCGCAUGCUUGACGAGGAAGAGGGUCACAAAGAGAAGGAGCCGCCGAAAGAUGAGUUCCAAGCACUCAGUGAAAUGUUCAACAACACGGAGCUGGACACAGUGCGGAAGUAUGGCGGCAACAUGCAUAGGGAACAUCUAGAAGAGCAGGACGAAGCGAAUAUGCAGCACAAGCCCAGACUGCUGAUACAGGAUCAGUCGACGUAUGACGUGGAUAGGGCUGAGAAGCCAGCACCCAAGCCAGAAGGUAGGCUGUCUGGUCCGUACAAACAUUACCUUGUUGUGCGCCCAGCGCCAUCCCUGCGCAUCCUCUUUACAUCGCCGUCCCUUCGUGUUCCAGGCAUCCUCCAAUCACGGUUCCUCGAUCGCAUUGGCGGGAGCAACCGUGUCCGAGAGUCUCUCAGCGACGCGCUUUCAGACGGGUCGCGCGGUGUUACGGCGAAGAUUCGCUGGCUACCGCACGCCGUGUCAGACCUCGAAGACCAUUACGAAGAGGGCCGACCCCGGUGGAUACACUGCACUCCUUUGCUCGGUCAGAACGGAUCAGUGGGCGUAUGGAUGGUUGUCCUCGUUGACGAGAAAGAGCACAUUGCGCCGCAUCGUAGAUUCCGCCAGGCACCGCCUAUUCCUAACGACAUCCGCGGCAACAACCUAGCGCAAACCUCGCGACCAUACCAAACUCCCCGGUUCGACGACUUUGGCAACGAAACCAGCUCGUAUUCCCAAUCUUCACGUGGAGCGUCUCCUUACACGAACGGCUAUGCGAACGGCAAUGGCGUAUCCCGUCACCUGGAUGCAUUGCGCAACCCAUCAAGUCCGCACCGGGCGCAAAGCCCAAUGAGUUACGACCAGCGCGGACUGCGGUCGGCUGGUUCAUCGGUCAAGGAUUAUGUCAAUGGUCCCCAGGCCAGUGUUGACUCUUUCCGCAUCUAA